CAUCAUAAUCAUAUCAUUUUCUCUGUUUUACCAUAUUGGUGAUAGAACAGAUUGCACAUGAAGCUUCUUCUUUUGAAGCCCAUCUCAGUGAUCUUGAUCUUGUGUUUGGUGGCAGCUGUUCUGCUUUCAACCUUGUCGUCGCCUGUCUUCCUGCUUUCCUUGUUCAAUAGCAUGGUUCUGGCCAUUGCAGUUGGUAGCCGCAGCAGCAGCAGCAGCAGGGACUCGUAUGACGACCAAGUCGAUGGUGGUGGUGGUGUAUGGAGCUCGUUUCAGUUGUCGUCGUAUGGAGGAGCUGGGGAUGAUUAUUCGAGUUAUGCUGAUGUUAGGAAUGAUGAUGAUGAUGACAACAAUAAUGAGGAUGGUCUGUAUUGUGAAGCACAGGACGAUGAUGAUCUUGAUAGUGAAAGCAAAGAUGGUAGCGAGGAGUUGGAACAUGGUUAUGACGAAGAUGACGAUGAUGAUGGCAGCGAGAGCGAGGUUGGGUGGCAAGAUGAAGGAGAUUGCGAGGAAGAGGAGAGAAAGCAGGAAGAAGAGGGAGUGACAGUAGAUGAUGAUGAUGAUGAUGAAGGGAUGUACGAGGUUGAUGGCGGAGAAGUGGUGGAUGGUAAUUUGGAAAAAAGAGCUGAAGAGUUCAUUACAAAGGUUACUAAAGGAUGGAGGGAUGAAUUGUUAAGGGAUCACCAGACAGAGUAGAAGGAAAUGGUUUGAUUGAAUGGGACAAGGCUGGUUUUCCUUUUGGUGUCUAGUUCUGCUAUCAAUCCUCAAAGUUUUGUAUGCGAUUCUAUUCAUUUGCUUCAGUUUUUGCUUUGUGCCUUUAGAUGUUAUGAUGAGCUGAAUGGCGUAGUAAGCGCAUCCAGAGGGAGUGGGCAAUUUGGUUUACAUGAAUCAAUUUCUCGGACCAAGUUGGAUCGUAGUGAUUCUGAACUUCACAAUAUUUUUCCAGUUUCACUUUGGUAAAUCCUCUUGAGAAUGAAGGAAAAAGAGAACGGAAUCAAAUAGAAUGCAUGUU